GCAUGCCUAGCGCUCAGCAGCUAGGGAAAUGAGUGAGCACUUCCGGCCGCCAUCCCUUCCUCGCUGACGCUUUUGUGGUGAUUCUGGCUUGCACUUUUUGGCCAUUAUGAAGGAUGUACCCGGCUUCUUACAGCAGAGCCAGAGCUCCGGGCCCGGGCAGGCCGCCGUGUGGCACCGUCUGGAGGAGCUCUACACAAAGAAGUUAUGGCAUCAACUGACACUUCAGGUCCUUGAUUUUGUACAGGACCCCUGCUUUGCCCAAGGAGAUGGUCUCAUUAAGCUUUAUGAAAACUUCAUCAGUGAAUUUGAACACAGAGUGAACCCUUUGUCCCUGGUAGAAAUAAUUCUUCAUGUGGUUAGACAGAUGACUGAUCCCAACGUGGCUCUUACUUUUCUAGAAAAGACUCGUGAGAAGGUGAAAAGUAGUGAUGAGGCAGUGAUCCUGUGUAAAACAGCAAUCGGAGCCCUAAAAUUAAACAUCGGGGAUCUACAGGUUACAAAGGAAACGAUCGAAGAUGUUGAAGAGAUGCUCCACAACCUCCCCGGCGUGACAUCAGUUCACAGUCGUUUCUAUGAUCUCUCCAGUAAAUAUUAUCAAACAAUUGGGAACCAUGCAUCCUACUACAAAGAUGCUCUGCGGUUUCUGGGCUGCGUCGAUAUCAAAGAUCUACCAGUUUCAGAGCAGCAGGAGAGAGCCUUCACACUGGGGCUUGCAGGACUUCUUGGCGAGGGAGUUUUUAACUUUGGAGAACUUCUCAUGCACCCUGUGCUUGAGUCACUGCGGGGCACUGACCGACAAUGGCUGAUUGACACCCUCUAUGCCUUCAAUAGUGGUGAUGUGGACAAGUUCCAGACUCUGAAGACUGCCUGGGGCCACCAGCCUGACUUAGCUGCCAACGAAACCCAGCUUCUGCGGAAGAUUCAGUUAUUGUGCCUAAUGGAGAUGACUUUCACACGACCUGCCAACCACAGACAGCUUACUUUUGAAGAAAUUGCCAAAAGUGCUAAAAUCACAGUGAACGAGGUAGAGCUGCUGGUGAUGAAGGCACUCUCAGUGGGGCUGGUGAGAGGCAGCAUAGAUGAAGUCGACAGACGAGUCCACAUGACCUGGGUGCAGCCCCGCGUACUAGAUUUGCAGCAGAUCAAGGGGAUGAAGGACCGGCUGGAGUUUUGGUGCACAGAUGUGAAGAGCAUGGAGAUGCUGGUGGAGCACCAGGCUCAUGACAUCCUCACCUAGUGUCCGGUGCCCUGUGGCCCAGCCCCACCCAAGAGGCCUUUUUGUGGCCUAUGAAACUUUCAGCGGCAGAGAUCUGCAUUGGGUUGGGGGAGUUGGACCCUUGUGGGAGUAGGGACUGUUUUUGCUUUGAAAACAGCUGUUGUUGAUGGGAACUAGACCUGGGCAAAAGGGUUGUCUCAUAGUCUGCGGUGGCCUCAAGCGAUGAGGAAUGGUGAUAGAAUGACCAGGAACGGAUGCCCUCUAAUCUGCAGAGGACAUACACCCCGAGGUGGGUCCUCAUCCAUAGCCGCCUGUAUGCACAUCUUUUCAGAUGUGCAGGAACGUUCCUGUAAUAAAUGCCUUUGCAUCAUC